CUGCAACACUGGCAACAGAACAGGCAAGGAGUUGUACAAGCAUCGACGAUUCGUGUGUUUGGCCAGUCCAAGUGACAGUCAGCUCCUGAUGACUGAUGGCCACCACCAGGUAUCCCACGGUGUUGAAGCCAGCUGCCCUAGCUGAGACCAUGGAGACAGUGGAAGCCGGAGCUGGAGUUCAAUGACACCAAAAUCCUAACUCUACAGACUCAGUUCUGGUCGGUGUCUACCGGCGUCCGAGAAGUGAGCAACCAAAGAUCAGAGAAGUUUUUGUUCCUGCUGUCGAGGGUUGUAAAAAAUAUCGCUUCCUGACACGUUUGUGCGUGUGUGGUCGAGACCACUGGCCGUCCUUCAUGUCCUAUUUCGCCCGGCCUGUGGAGGUUGGAGAUGCUACCCUUCUACCAGGAGAGGUGCUUGAGGGCUCUGCAAGUGAGGUGACAUACCUCUGUCCCUUCAAUGGACCCCAGCAGGGUAUUCUCUAUGUCACCACGUACAAGAUCUCGUUCAUCGCCACUGAGAAAGAGCCACACCGCAAGUACAAUGCUCCCGUGGGCUUCAUACACUCUGUGGAGAAGAUGGGUGGUGCGUCCAGCAAAGGAGAACAUUCCUAUGGGCUAGAGAUCCAGCUGAAAGAGUUCCAGAGCUUUCGAUUUGCUUUCAAGCAAGAGGGCCAUUCGCGGCGAGAAGUGUACGAUGUCUUGUUGAAGAUAGCGUUUCCAUUGAACAAUGGCCGGGAGCUGUUUGCCAACAUCUACUUUGAAAAUCUGCCAUCAAGCAAAGAUGCGGCAAGCAGUGGUUGGGACUAUUUUGACAUGAAGCAGGAGCUGGGUAGGAUAGGCGUGCCGUGCGAGCAGUGGCGCUUGACGAGCAUCAACGAAAAGUACAGUCUGUGCAGCACGUACCCGUCUGUGUUCGCCGUGCCGGCGAACGUGCGCGACUCCGAGCUGCAGGCGGUCGCCGCGUUCCGCAGCCGCGCCAGGCUGCCCACCCUCGCCUGGCUGCACCCGGAGAACCGCACCAGCCUGACGCGGGGCUCGCAGCCCCUCGUCGGCAAAUUUGGAAAGCGCUCCAAGGAGGACGAGAUGUACCUGACCGCAAUCAGCAAGGCCAAUCCUAGAUCAGAUAAGCUACUUAUCAUGGAUGCACGACCCCGGCUUAAUGCCCUCGCCAACAAGGCAAUGGGUGGUGGAUAUGAGGAUGAGGAAAACUACAAAACCGUGGAGCUCAUAUUCUUGGAUAUUGGCAACAUACACGUCAUGCGUGACAGCUUACGCAAACUAAAGGAGGUCUGCUCGUCGGCAAAUGAUGAGUCACGUUGGAUGUCACUGCUCGAGAGCUCGCGCUGGCUUGAUUACAUACGCCUGAUCAUGGCGGGUGCAUUGCGCAUCGUGGACCUGAUGGAUCGCAGUCAAGUGUCGGUGUUCGUCCACUGUUCCGACGGCUGGGACCGUACGUCGCAACUCUGCUCGCUGGCCAUGGUGCUCAUGGAUCCGUACUACCGCACCAUCUCCGGCUUUGCUAUGCUGAUCGAGAAAGAGUGGCUGUCCUUCGGCUACAAGUUCCACCAGCGCUGUGGCCAUGGCGAUCGGCACAGUGGUGACGAGCAGAGGGCUCCCAUUUUUGUCCAGUUUGUUGACACCGUUUGGCAGGUGAUGCAGCAGUUUCCUAGCGCAUUCGAAUUCACCGAGCAAUACUUGCUGACUAUUUUGCACCACCUUCACUCAUGUCUCUACGGUACAUUUCUCUGUGACAAUGAGCGAGAGCGCCGCAGUAUCCGCCAGAAGACUGCAUCGCUGUGGUCCGAGCUUGAGCGUGAACGCGAGCGCUACCGCAAUCCGCUGUAUACCAGCUAUAUGCACAACCAGGCACUGUACCCGGUUGCCACCAUUCGCCGGCUGCAGUUCUGGGCGAGCCACUACACGCGCUGGAGUCCACGCAACAUUCGAUCGUCGGGCAGUUCGUAUUCCAACUCUGAACUGCACGCAAUGUGUACCAGCCUGGAGGCACAUUGCGAGGAGCUUCAAACGCAGCUAGACGAAAAGCAAGCCAGUGAGUUUCAGAACCGCUCCACUCCCGAAAUUUCCGUAUCGACAGUUACCGACAUGUCGCAGUCUGCCAGUAAAACUAGCGUGAGCGAGGAGCAGAGUGUCGAGAGUCGGUUUCUGCUAGAGGCUAAUGAGAAGCUUGCUCAGCCCGGAGACCCUCUCCUGCUACCCGGAGAGUCCAUGCAGGUGGCUGCCAAGCAUGUGUCCCUUGUUUGCCCGUACAAUGGCGUUUUGCCGGGAACGCUGUUUCUCAGCACAUACAAGAUGACGUUCACUACAACAGAGUCAGAACCACAGUUGACUUACGUGGCUCCAAUGGGUGCUGUCCACACUGUGGAGAAGGUCGGUGGUGCCAGUAGUAAGGGUGAAUUCGCUUAUGGACUGGAAGUGCAGUUCAAGGAUUUCAGGACGUUCAGGUUCGCCUUCAAGCAAGAGGGCCACUCGCGCCGUCUCAUUUUCGAAACGAUGCAACGAUUAGCAUACCCGCUGUCGAGUGGCCGGCCGCUGUUCGCGUACGAGUAUGGUGUGUGCGCUGUUCCCCCUAGUGGGGAGACUAGUCCCGCAGCCCAGUUCGACAUGAAGGCUGAGCUCGCACGAAUUGGAGUCCCAUCGGAAGAGUUCCGGCUGACGACGCUUAAUGAAAACUAUGAACUUUGUGCAUCCUACCCACCCGUCCUUGCUGUUCCAGCAUCAGCCACAGAUGACCAAGUGAAGGACGCCACAGCGUUCCGUAGCCGCAACCGACUGCCGGCCUUUUCCUGGAUGCACGCAGAAAACCGCUCAUCGCUGUUCCGCGGAUCCCAGCCGCAAGUUGGCAAGUUUGGAAAGCGAAGCAAGGAGGACGAGGCUUUCCUGUUAGAGAUCGCCAAGGCCAACCCUCAAACGCAGAAGCUUGUUAUUCUGGAUGCUCGGCCAAAGUUGAACGCCAUAGCCAACAAGGCUAUGGGCGGUGGCUAUGAAGAUGAAGAGGCCUAUGGCAUGGAUCUGGUAUUUUUGGACAUUGGAAAUAUCCAUGUAAUGCGCGAUAGCCUGAAGAAGCUGCGUGACAUGUGUCAUCCGACCAUCGAGGACACGCAUUGGCUGUCCAAUCUAGAGGGCACACACUGGCUGGAACACGUUCGCCUGGUGCUGGUCGGAGCUAAUCGUAUAGUCGAGUACAUGGACGGCAGCGGCGUGUCUGUCUUCGUUCACUGCUCCGACGGCUGGGAUCGGACAUCGCAGCUCUGUGCUCUGGCGAUGAUGUUGAUGGACCCGUACUACCGGACGAUAGCGGGUUUUAGCGUGCUGAUUGAGAAGGAAUGGCUUGCGUUCGGCCACAAAUUCCAGCAGCGUAUUGGUCAUGGGGACAAACACAGUGGUGACGAGCAGCGUUCGCCAAUCUUUGUUCAGUUCAUUGAUGCCGUGUGGCAGAUCACCAACCAGUACCCGUGUGCAUUCGAGUUCAACGAGCACUUUCUGCUGACCAUUCUGGACCACCUGUUUUCGUGCCUGUAUGGCACCUUCCUGUGCAACUCGGAGAAAGAGCGUGCCGAGGAGGUGAAGGACAAGACGAUCUCCCUGUGGACGGACGUUGCCAAGAACCAGGAGGAGUAUAUGAACCCGCUGUACUCCAGCAGCGGCUACAGCUGUGUGCUGCACCCGUCGGCGUCCAUGCGCCGCCUGCAGUUCUGGCCUGGGUACUACACGCGCUGGAACCCGGAGAUGCGGCCACACAAGUCCGAGCACGACCGCUCGCAGGAGCUCUACCGCAUCUGCUUGCAGCUCAAGAAGCAGUGUGCCAGCAUGCAAAAGCAACUUGAUGAGAAAGAUGCGUGCACAGACGCGCCACUCGAUCCCUAGAGGUGAGAACAGUGUGUAUGUGCAACGUGCAGAGCUCUAGUGUGUUUUGUCCUGUAUGAACUCUGACAUGUUUGUCGUGCCCUUAUUCUAUCAGGGGUUUUUUAAUUUUUUUAAUAGCUGACUGGUUUGUCCUGUGCUAGCUGUUGUUUGGCUGCUCAUUGGGCACCUGCCCUGCCGUACCGAUCUUUAGAAAUGCUUGUACCAAUGUAUAUAGUCUUGACACGGUUUCUCCUCCCCUGUCGUUUGGCUGGUUUCCUUUAGGUAUUGUGCGAUGCAUGCGUUUGUGUGUGUGUGUGUGUGUGUGUUCUUGAUGACGUGUGAGCCCGUGUACGUGUGUGUCUUUGUCUUUGUCGCGGGUGGUGAUGUGUGUGUGCACAUUGAGAGUACUCUCCCUUUUCUCUAAGUUUACCAGACACAGUCCUAUCGCGGGGUUUCCAUUCUUAAUUCUGUUGACUUAGCUUAUCUGCCUGCUGUAUUCAGGCGUACUUUGCAACCUCAGUUUAAUGUUAGACUUGUGUCAACCUCUACGGCGUCUCGUCCGUUCUUUCACUGAGUUUUAAACUUUCCCCGGUAUAUCAUGUUACUUUUUUUUACACUAGGUUAUACCUCUUACCCGGUCAUUUUAUUCUCCUCUAACCUAAGACCUUCUGGUCUUCUUGACAACGUCUGUCAUUGCCUUGAAAACGCACUACUGUCUUGUAUCGAUCUCGUUCUCUCCUCGCCCUGCAGGCAUAAUGAAUCUGACCUUGUUUUUGUUUUUUUGUUGUUCUUGACCAUGAAGAUACCCAUCUUCGAUUCUUGAGCCAUGCACGUGCACCUGCUCA